AUGUUAUCGUUGGUCUCUCUAUUCCCCUCUCUCUCCGUGUUCGUUAUCUAUUUAUCUAUCUUGCUCUCUCUCUCUCUCUCUCUCUCAUCUAUCUAUUUGUUUCCUGAUGUUAAUAGCUUCUUUAUCUAUGUAUCUUAUUCCGUUAGUUAUCUAUCUAUCUAUCUAUCUAUCUAUCUAUCUAUCUAUCUAUCUAUCUAUCUCAGUCUGUUCAUAUCUAUCUAUCUAUCUAUCUAUCUAUCUAUCUAUCUAUCUAUCUAUCUAUCUAUCUAUCCGGUUCUCUUCGUUAUCUAUCUAUUUAUCUAUCUAUCAAAUUCUGUUCAUAUCUAUCUAUCUAUCUAUCUAUCUAUCUAUCUAUCUAUCUAUCUAUCUAUCUAUCUAUCUAUCUAUCAAAUUCUGUUCGAUAUCUAUCUAUCUAUCUAUCUAUCUAUCAAAUUCUGUUCGAUAUCUAUCUAUCUAUCUAUCUAUCCGGUUCUGUUCGUUAUCUAUCUAUCUAUCUAUCUAUCUAUCUAUCUAUCUAUCUAUCUAUCUCAGUCUGUUCAUAUCUAUCUAUCUAUCUAUCUAUCUAUCUAUCUAUCUAUCUAUCUAUCUUAUUCGGUUUGUUAUCUCUCUCUCUCUCUCUCUCUCUCUCUCUCUCUCUAUCCAUCUAUGUAUUUUCUGCUAUUAAUACUUUAUCUAUCUCUUCAUAGUAUAUCCUUCAUUGCUCUUAGUCUCUCUAUUUGUCCCUCUCACUAUCUCUUCAUAUUCUAUCUAUCUAUCUAUCUAUCUAUCUAUCUAUCUAUCUAUCUAAUUCUGUUGGUUAUCCAUCUGUUUAUCUGGGCCUGUUCUAUCUAUCUAUCUAUCUAUCUAUCUAUCUAUCUAUCUAAUUCUGUUUGUUAUCUGUCUGUCUGUCUAUCUAAGUCUGUUCUAUCUCUCUAUCUAUCUAUCUAUCUAUCUAUCUAUCUAAUUUUUUUCGUUAUCUAUCUAUUUAUCUAUCUACUAAAUUCUGAUCUAUCUAUCUAUCUAUCUAUCUAUCUAUCUAUCUAUCUAUCUAUGUAA